GGCCUUUUACUCUCUCUCUGAACCACCCUUCUCUUUCUCUUUCGUUGCCUCUCUCUCUUUAUUUCGGUCUCUCUCAAUAUAGUUGUCAAUACAUCACAACAAUUCAUUCAUCACUGAGUUCAGAUCUGAUCAAUCCCAAGUCUCUCCACUAUGUCUGAGAAGGUCACAACAAUGGUGUUGAAGGUUGACCUUCAGUGCUCCAGCUGCUACAAGAAGAUCAAGAAAAUUCUUUGCAAAUUUCCUCAAAUACGAGAUCAGAUUUAUAAUGAAAAGCAAAAUACGGUGACGAUCGUCGUAGUAUGCUGCAGCCCUGAGAAGGUUCGUGACAAAUUGUAUUGUAAGGGUGGGAAGACAAUCAAGUGCAUUGAGAUCAAAGAGCCUCCAAAGCCCGAGCCUCCAAAGCCCAAACCCCCUGAGAAGCCUAAGGAGCCUGAAAAGCCCAAACCCCCUGAGAAGCCCAAGGAGCCUGAAAAGAAGGAGCCUGAAAAGCCCAAACCCCCUGAGAAGCCCAAGGAGCCUGAAAAGCCCAAAGAGCAGCCCCCCAAGAAGGAGCCUGAAAAGCCCAAAGAGCCACCACGAUGUCCCCCUGCUUUUGUACCAGCUUUUGUACCAGUUUGCUACCCACCGAUGUAUCCGGUUGGGAUAUGUUGUGGGCAAUGCUAUGAGGGCCGUACUGAUGGGCCAUGUUAUCAUGGGCGUGGAACGCCAGUGCCACCCUAUGAUAAUUAUGGAUGUGGGCCUUGUGGUUGUGGUUGUGGUGGGAAUAGGGUUUGUUACACUAGUCGGUGUGAUUAUUUUAGUGAAGAAAAUCCCUCAGGAUGCACAAUCAUGUAAUGCUAAUGCUUUGUCAUGUCCAAGAUUUUUGAUUCCCUUGCUUAAAAAAUGUUCAAUUAGUUUUGGGUGUAUGUGGGUUUUUUAUAUAAAGGCUUUUACAUAUAUAUAAGUACAAAAAAGCAUCAAUAAUGAGGUUGGUAGUCUAAUGUUUGUGGCCAAAUGGUUAUUGACAUUGAGGUCACAUAAGAUGUUGUAUGAUUUGUCAUUAUAAUAAAAAAAAGUCUUCAUUAUUCAUUUCCCACUAUAA